AUGUCUGAAUUAGAAAGCAAAAAAGGUGAAAUUUAUGAACUUAAAGCUGAAUUAAACAGUGAUAAACGUGAACGUAAAAAAGAAGCCUUAAAAAAAGUUAUUGCUAGUAUGACAGUUGGAAAAGAUGUUAGUCAAUUAUUUCCUGAUGUUAUUAAUUGUAUGCAAAUAGAUAAUCUUGAAUUAAAAAAACUUGUCUAUCUUUAUUUAAUGAAUUAUGCUAAAACACAACCUGAAAUGGCUAUUUUAGCUGUAAAUACAUUUGCAAAAGAUUGUAAUGAUCCAAAUCCAUUAAUUCGUGCAUUAGCUGUACGUACAAUGGGUUGCAUACGUGUAGAUAAAAUAACAGAACAUUUAUGUGAACCAUUACGUAAAUGUUUAAAAGAUGAAGAUCCAUAUGUACGAAAAACAGCUGCUGUUUGUGUAGCAAAAUUAUAUGAUAUUAAUCAACAACUUGUAUUUGAUCAAGGUUUUCUUGAUAUGUUAAAAGAUUUAUUAUCAGAUUCGAAUCCAAUGGUUGUAGCCAAUGCUGUUGCAGCAUUAAGUGAAAUAUCUGAACAAUCACCACAAUUAAAUAUCUUUGAUUUAAAUGGACCAACAAUUAAUAAACUUUUAACAGCACUUAAUGAAUGUUCAGAAUGGGGACAAGUUUUUCUACUUGAUGCUAUUGCAAAUUAUAUACCAAGGGAUGAUAAAGAUGCACAAAGUAUUUGUGAACGUAUAACACCACGUCUUGCUCAUGCAAAUUCUGCUGUUGUUCUUUCAACAGUUAAAGUUUUAAUGAAAUUUCUUGAAUUAAUUGAUCAACAUAGUGAAUUUGUUCAAAAUUUAUAUCGUAAAUUAGCACCACCAUUAGUAACACUUUUAUCAGCUGAACCUGAAAUUCAAUAUGUUGCUUUAAGAAAUAUUAAUUUAAUUGUUCAAAAACGGUCGGAUAUUCUUAAAAAUGAAAUGAAAGUAUUUUUUGUCAAAUAUAACGAUCCAAUAUAUGUUAAACUUGAAAAACUUGAUAUUAUGAUACGUUUAACAAAUGCAACGAAUAUUGCUCAAGUAUUAGCUGAAUUAAAAGAAUACGCUACUGAAGUUGAUGUAGAUUUUGUUCGUAAAGCUGUUCGUGCUAUUGGUCGAUGUGCUAUUAAAGUUGAACAGGCAGCUGAACGAUGUGUUAGUACAUUAAUUGAUCUUAUUCAAACAAAAGUUAAUUAUGUUGUACAAGAAGCUAUUGUUGUUAUUAAAGAUAUAUUUCGCAAAUAUCCAAAUAAAUAUGAAAGUAUAAUUGCAACAUUAUGUGAAAAUCUUGAUUCAUUGGAUGAACCUGAAGCUCGUGCUUCAAUGAUUUGGAUUGUUGGUGAAUAUGCUGAACGUAUUGAUAAUGCUGAUGAAUUACUUGAAGGUUUUCUUGAUGGUUUUAAAGAUGAAAAUACUCAAGUACAAUUACAAUUAUUAACUGGUAUUGUUAAACUUUUUCUUAAAAAACCAACUGAAACUCAAGAAUUAGUUACACGAGUUUUAACACUUGUUACACAAGAAACAGAUAAUCCUGAUUUACGUGAUCGUGGUUAUAUUUAUUGGCGUCUUUUAUCAACUGAUCCAAAAGCAGCUAAAGAAGUUGUUUUAGCUGAAAAACCACUUAUAUCAGAAGAAACAGAUUUAUUAGAACCAACUCUUCUCGAUGAACUUAUUUGUCAUAUUGGAACAUUAGCAUCUGUUUAUCAUAAACCACCAAAUACAUUUGUUGAAGGACGAUUUAUAAUUAAAAAAAAUUUACCAUUUCGUUCAGGAAUUCAUGGUGAACAUGAAGAUAAUAUUGGAAAUAUUACAAUGCAAACUAAUCAACAACAUCAACAAUCACAACAAGUUGUUAUUAGUAGUAAUGUUGGUUCAUUAAUUGAUGAUUUUGAUAUAUUGGAUCCAAUGCCAAAUACAACAUCAACAACAAUUGAUACAUAUGAACAUAUACAACAGCGAACUCCAUCUGUUGUACCGAAUUUACUUGAUGAUGAACUUUCAUCAAUUCUUGGAAUUGAUUCAAAUAUAAGUGGUAAUCAAACAUCACUCAUGAAUACAAAUACAUCAUUACCAAUGAAUCGUUUAACUACUAGUAGUGGAAAUGAACUUGAUGAUAUAUUUGGAGAUUUAAAUUUAAAUACUGCUACUUCUGCUAUUUCAUUUUCGAACAAUAAUACAUUGGUUUUACCGAAAGAAGUUUGGUUAAGUGCUCAAAAAGGUAAAGGUCUUGAAAUAUUGGGUACAUUUGCUCGUCGUAACAAUCAAAUUGUUAUGGAAAUUGAUUUUAUAAAUAAAGCUUUACAAUCCAUGAGUGAUUUUGCCUUACAAUUAAAUCGUAAUAGUUUUGGUUUAACACCAUCACAACCAUUACAAAUAACAAGUCCUUUAUUUCCAAAUCAAACAAUAUCAACACAAUUAAUUUUAAAUAUAAAUGGACCAACUAUGAAAAUGGAUCCAUUAACAAAUCUUCAAAUUGCUAUUAAAAAUAAUAUUGAUAUAUUUUAUUUUAAUUGUAUUGUACCAAUACAUAUUUAUUUUGUUCAUAAUGGUGAAAUGGAUAAAAUGACAUUUGUACAAACAUGGCAAGAUAUACCAGAAAGUAAUGAAAUUAAACAUCAAUUACAAAAUUUAAAUAAUUUAUCAAUUGAUGAUUUACAAAAUAAAUUACGUUUAAAUAAUAUACAUACAAUAACACGAACAAUUAUUGAACAAAAAGAAAUGCUUUAUCAAACAAUUAAAUUAACAAAUGGAAUAUUUGUAUUAAUAGAAUUAAAAAUUACACCAGGAAAUCGAACAAUAGCGCUUGAACGAAAAUUUCCAGCUGCUCAAGGAGCUAUUCGUUGUGUACGAUAUAAUAUUGAUGGAAAUUAUUGUUUAACAUCGGGUAGUGAUCGAACAAUUAAAUUAUGGAAACCUGAUAGCAGUUUAGCUAUUAAAACAUAUACAGGACAUAGUCAAGAAGUACUUGAUGUACAUAGUUCAUUUGACAAUAGUCGAUUAUGUUCUGGUGGUGGUGAUAAACGUGUUUUGUAUAUUGAUGUAAUGAGUGGUAAAAUUGUGAAAAAAUAUCAAGCACAUGCUGGUAUUAAAAAGUUUUUUCUUUUAAUAUUUAAAUGA